ACACACACACACACAUUUUUUUGUCUCCUGGGGACCUUUCAUUGACUUAAAUUCAUUUUGCACUAACAGUAAAAAUAACCAUUAAUAGCUAACUCUAAACCAAGUCGUCACUAUCAAAUUCAGUAAUUUACAUAGUAGAGAACAGCAUCUCGUCACCACGAGGAAGGCCCAGUCCUGACGUGUGAAAACAGGUUUCAUUCUCCACAACGUGAAUCUAAACCAGGCGCUCGCUACUGGUAAACAAAGCAUGUGGUGAGGGUGGCGGGUCCUCCCUCUGUCUACUAUGUUGUCCAACAGGUUUGUGAUGUGACGUUUCACUAGGAAAACAGCACAAUCGUUUGUGUUCUGACGGAUUCAGCGCAAAACUCGACACAAAGAAGUUCAGUUUAAAGAAAUAUCGUUGCUCACAUGUUUCCGCAAACCUAGAAGAAUAAGUGGUGUUUUGAUCGAAGGAAGCUUGACAGACGGAGCGACCUGCAGCCGAGGAAGGAGGCAACAGCGUUGGAUAGUUGGAUGCUUCAAUGGCAGCCUUGUCAGCAGCGUGGAUCCCCGUGUUGUCUCUGCUGCAGUUGGCCCACUGCUUUGUCGUCUACAGACAUGCUCCAGGAGACACAGUGUUGGCGGACAAGCAGUCAGCAGCCUCCUUUCUAUCCCGCUCCCUGCUAUACAACAGCUGGGACUUUGAGAUGGUGGUGCCUGGCAAUCUGGAGAGGGAGUGUAUCGAAGAGACAUGCAACUAUGAGGAGGCCAGAGAGGUGUUUGAGGAUGACGCUACAACGCAAAAAUUUUGGGCCGACUACGUCAACAGCCAAGUGCAUACACCCAGAGUGGAUGUGUCAGGGUUGGUGGCAGGGAUCCUGGCUGUCGUAGUGUCUGCCAUUAUUGCCAUUGUGUUGGGAGUCUACUGCUACAAAGCCAAGAAGAAGAAUGGUCAGAGAUCAGCCCAAGUCCCAGUGAGGAUGGCAGCAGAUGAACGUCCAGCCCCAGAGACUGUGCCCCUGGCAGGGAUCGUUGCUCCAGGUCUGCCCUCUUACAAUGAGGCUCUGAACCGCAGUGGGCAGCAUGACGCCCCACCACCACCUUAUUCAGGGAGUGCGCCAUCAGCACCCUCCAAUCCAGGAGACAACGAAUGACAGGGCUCACAUGGUUGAGGGUCACUGUGCUCUGAACUUUUAAAAAGGCUACUGCAAAUUUUUUAUAUACUGUAUUUAUGAGUGGAUUAGGACACAGUCCCAGAAUGCACAUUACUGACAUCCGCAUGUUGGCUUGCCAGGAGUAUGUCCUCCACAGGUGUGAUGCUUUUCAGUGCCUGCAGCAGAGGGUGGGAUCAACAACAUCAACAAGUGUGGUGUGUUUGUAACGUACUUUUGAGCAGAGAAGCUAAAGAAGAUCAAUUUAGAGAGAACGUUGGUUCUUCAAGGACACCCUGAAAUGUUUUUAGGCUGUAUAAUAAAUUGCAUACCAAUUACCCAUGUCAUUUUAUUC